UUAAUAUUAAAUUAUAUUUGAGUUAUAUAUAAAACUCUGAAAUCAAAACAAACUAAAACAAACCAAAAGUGAAAUUUAUUAUACCAACAUGACAUUAUUGGCAAUCAAUUUUUCGGUGUAUUUGCUUCUAAUAACAACUGUUAAGUACCAUGAAGCUGUCGUGUGUGGAACACAUCCAGAUUCCUGUCCACCAGAGAAGAUAAAAUAUCGCCCCUUGGAUGGGUCUUGCAAUAAUUUAGAAAAUCCUGGAAUGGGGACUGCAAAUCAGCCGUAUGCUAGGUUUAUUGAAAAGCCCAAUUAUUCUGAUGGUAUAUCAAAACCACCGGUGGCGAAAAGUGGAAAACCUCUUCCAAACGCACGCUUCAUCAGUGAACAAACAUCUAGGCAUAUCCCUACUGAACGUGCUAAUGUAGUUCGUUUAGUUAGUGGAAUUCACCAAUUUAUAGCCCACGAUCACAGUGUUACUCUAUUACGUUCCGCUGAUCCUUGUUGCACGUCUGAUAUGCGUGCAUUGCCAACCACACCUGAGAGUUGUUUCAACAUAGAUGUUCCAGAUAAUGACCCUUAUUACUCUCAACACAAUGUUACUUGUAUGCCCAUAACUAAAACUACAACAACCAUUAACUUGAAUUGUACUGCAACAAACCCUAAACCGUAUGCAGAUCAAAUUUCAGGUGUAACAGCUGCUCUUGAUCUAAAUAUUGUGUACGGCAGCACUGAAAGCGAAGCUAACGAAUUACGUACGUUUAGUGAGGGCCGCUUGAUAACUAGGAACGGAAGAUAUUUACCACUUGGAUCAGGAUGUGCCACUCCUCCUAAUACUCCGAACAUUUGUUAUAAAACAGGUGAUUUUAGAGCCAACCAGAAUUUAGAUCUUACCAUCAGUCACAUUACGUGGGUUAGAUUUCACGAGUGGUGUUGCGAUCGUAUGGUAUCAAUAAAUCCACAUUGGAACGAUGAAAGGAUUUACCAAGAAUGCAGAAAACUUAACAUUGCCGUAUAUCAGCAUCUUGCUUUCAGCGAAAUGUUUCCUGCCCUUAUCGGAUACAAAGCCAUGGAGAAGAGAAACCUUCUUUAUCCAUACAAGUUAUCCGAAGGACGAUCUACAUACGAUCCUCAUUGCGAAAUUAAUCCAUUAAACGAGUUUUCUACUGCAGGUUACAGAGUAGUGCAUGCUAUUCUUGUUGCAAGCUUGAAAAUGGCUAAUGAAAAGCGUGAUAGUAUGGGCGAUUUACAAUUAACCGAUCACUUAAAUAAUCCUGCAGUACUUGAACGAGAUGAUAUGUUUGAUCAUCUGAUACGUGGAGGUACCUGUCAAAGAGCUAACAAAGUCGGUUCAUCAUUUGACCCAGAUCUUACCAGAAACCUUCGGUUUGACGUCAGUCCUUUGAAAUUUGGAAUAGACAUACAUGCCGCAGAUAUUCAAAGGGGCAGAGAUCAUGCACUCGCAUCUUACAGUGCCAUAAGAUCAAAGUGUGGACUCAAAAAAGCGACUACUUUUGAUGACUUUCUUGAUGCAAUGACGAAAGAGAAUGCUGACUUAUUAGCAAGUGUUUACGAAGAUGCGCAAGAUGUAGAAUUGAUAAUUGGUGCUACGUUGGAAACGGCUAAACCACAUUCUGUGCUGGGUCCUACAGCGGAGUGCUUGUUUUUGGAGGCUCUCGAACGUAUACAAAAAUGCGAUAGAUACUGGUGGGAUAAUAAUCAAAACCAUUUUACGGAUCCUCAACUGGAAUCAAUACGAUCAAUGACUGUGGCUUCGCUCCUUUGUUUGGCUGGCGAUAAUAUAAGAAAUAUGCAGAGAUACGCCACGAAACCUAUUCAUCCUAUCGAUAAUCCAAUCGUAAGCUGUGCAGACCAACCUCCCAUGUCUAUGGAAGCUUUUAGAGAAACUACUGUUCUGCAUUCUAUGAAAUCGUUUUUUGAAAAUUUCUUUAGCAGAACAAAAAAAAAUUGAAUAUAUAUAAAAUAUGUAUAUAAAAAUUGUAAAUCUAAAAGAAAGGUAGUAAUUGUUAUAUAUUUAAUUAGCUAGAGUAGAACCAGAUUUGCUGAAAGCACUGCCUGUUCCUUUUCUGUUAAAUAUAUUUUUUUCGUUUGUUUAUAAUGCUUUUAAAAAUACAUUCAAAAUGAAAAUAUUUUAUAACGGAUAAUAACAAACUUUAUAAUUUUUUAUCACCAUGUAUGUAUUUUUGUGAUACUAGGUAUUUUAAUAAAUUUUUUGUUUUAAUA